AUUCCUAGUUGGACUCUGUCUUCCAUCCCCCUGCCUCAGGUUCUCCCCAGGUGUGUCCUGGCGCAGCGUGGGCCUGGGCAGAACCUGGGAGAGAAAUGAACAGAACCUGGCCGUGGAAUAGGCUCCGAGGAGGCCAGAGCGUUCUCAGCCUCAGCCCUUUGUCUGCGGCUUUGUGAUGCUCCGGAGACAGAAAGGCUGAGAGGUAGUCACUGAGCCCAAGCCAGGCAGCCAGGAGGCAGCAAGGCUGGGAUCCUUGCCCAGGCCAACCGCAGCCACCAGGAGGAGUAAUCGCUAAUAAAUACUUGGAAGGUGCUUGGCCCAACUCUUCAUCUGGGACUGGUGGUGUUAACUCCAUCCGCUGGUUUUCCCGGUUCACAGAUGGGGCUCCCAAGCCCAGACCUAGGGAAAAGGGCUCAGGGGGCCCUAAAUAGCAGCUCAGAGGGCCGUUCUAGAGCCUCUGAAUGGGCUGAGCAGCAGCCGACCGACCAGCUCUUGGUGACUGAGACUCUUCACACCUUGGGUUUCCUCUUCUCUCUUCAGUAAAUACUCCCCCAUGCCACAAAGUUGUCAAAAGAAAGUCAAAUGAGUUGUUAAGGCAUUUAAUUAAACUCCUGGUGGCUUUAAGGCUAACAGGAGGAUAGCUAUUAUUAUAAUUAUUCUCAGUGGGGAUUGGUAACAUUUGAACCUCACUUGGAUUCACCUGGGGACGAAGCUCUGUGUGGAGGGACAUGCUAGUUGUUGAGGGGGUUGAGGACAGCCAUACUUAGCCUUCUUGGGAUCUCUAGAAAUCUCUGCUAAGUCUGCGGAAUGCAGAAAGCUGGGAGGCAGACGCUGCUGCUGCUGCUGCCCGAACCCGAGGAGUUAACCACUCCCAGGCCCUGGCCAGGAGGGCUGCCACGCUGCAACCUAGAAACGAUUUUAGCAGAAGAGCCAGGGCUACUUCUGAUGGGCAAAACAGCUGGCUGCUUAGGGAAAACAGCUGGCCUAGUCCCAGCCUCCUAAGAGCAGAGGCAGAGCCUCGGAGGACAGACCCACAUCUGGGGGUCCUCAAAGAGGAGGCAUAGUCAAGGACAGGGUGGUUCUUCGGAGCAUGUGGGUGUUGGGUGGCUACCCUGGAGACGAGAGGGGUGUGGACCAAUUUCUAGAGCAGAAGCCAGAGUAUGCUAAGUUUAAACAGACCAGGCAAGAGUGUCUCCAGUUGGGAUCCGGGGUCUCAAUCGUCCCUCAAAUAGGACAGAUGAAGGACAGAGGAGCCUAAGGUGGACAAGUCUCUGCUCUACCCUGGGUCAUCUUGGAACUAGGCUUGGAACCAGAGGUGGGAAUGGUACCCAGGCUGGUCUCUUGGUCUGUUCAACUGCACCCAGAACCAAGAACAGGGUGAAGGCUCAUCCUCUGGCCAGGAUCGUGGGCUUCUGUGACCACAGAGCAGGACAGGGGCCCAGAGAGCCUCCAACCCAAGAGCCGGGAAGCUGACAGCUGGACCAUUGGCCUGGAAACAGCCCAACAGGAAACUGUGACCAGAGCUAGGCUAGAGCCCCAGGGUUCAGCCCCCAGGAUGCUGUUCAUCCCCAGGGCUGGAGCUUGGAAGGUGAUGAGCGGACACUUAAGCGCCCAGAUCAGCGGCACCCGGUGCCCGCCCCACCCUGGCUUGCUCUCCAGCCUGUCGUGUCAUCUGGAGGGUGUGCCACCGACCACAACGUGGACAACACCACAGAGAUGCUACAGGAGUGGCUGGCUGCAGUGGGCCGUGACUAUGCAGCCGUGGUCUGGAAGCCGGAGGAGGAGGCCAGGCCCUACCCAGAUGAACAGAGUCCCAAGCACUGGACCAAAGAAAGGCACCAGUAUUUGAUGGAGCUGAAGCAGGAAGCCCUGACCUUUGCCAGGGCCUGGGGAGCCGACUACAUCCUGUUCGCAGACACAGACAACAUUCUCACCAACAACCAGACACUGCGGCUCCUCACAGAGCGGCACCUGCCAGUGGUGGCCCCAAUGCUGGACUCCCAGACCUAUUAUUCCAACUUCUGGUGUGGGAUCACUCCACAGGGCUACUAUCGCCGCACAGCUGAAUACUUCCCUACCAAGAACCGCCAGCGCCAGGGCUGCUUCCGGGUCCCCAUGGUCCACUCUACCUUCCUGGUGUCCUUGAAGACGGAGGAAACAGCCCGGCUUGCUUUCUACCCGCCUCAUCCCAACUAUACUUGGCCUUUUGAUGACAUCAUCGUCUUCGCCUACGCCUGCCAGGCUGCUGGUAGCCUCUCUGCAGGGGUCUCAGUGCAUGUGUGCAAUGACCAUCGUUACGGGUACAUGAAUGUGGCGGUGAAGGCCCACCAGGGGCUGGAAGAAGAGAAGGCCAACUUCAUCCACCUGAUUUUGGAAGCACUAGUGGAUGGGCCCCCCAUGCUGGCCUCAGCUCAUGUGUCUCGGCCCCUAAAGAAGCCCAACAAGAUGGGAUUUGAUGAAGUCUUUGUCAUCAGCCUGGCCCGCAGACCCCAGCGCCGGGCUCGGAUGCUGAGCUCUCUCUGGGAGAUGGAGAUCUCUGCCCAAGUGGUAGAUGCUGUGGACGGCAGGACACUCAACAGCAGUAUCCUUAAGCGCCUGGGUGUGGACCUGCUCCCUGGCUACCAGGACCCCUACUCGGGCCGCACACUGACCAAGGGUGAGGUGGGCUGUUUCCUCAGCCACUACUCCAUCUGGGAAGAGGUGGCUGUCAGGGGCCUGGCCAGGGUUGUGGUGUUUGAGGAUGACGUACGCUUUGAGGACAACUUCCGGAGGCGGCUGGAACGGCUGAUGGAGGAUGUGGUGACUCAGAAGCUGUCAUGGGACUUGAUCUACCUUGGCCGGAAGCAGGUGAACCCUGAGGAGGAGGUGGCUGUGGAGGGUCUGCCUGGUCUGGUGGUGGCCGGAUACUCCUAUUGGACACUAGCAUACACCUUGAGUCUGGCAGGCGCCCGCAAACUGUUAGCCUCUCAGCCUCUGCGACGCAUGCUACCUGUGGAUGAGUUCCUGCCUGUCAUGUUUGAUCAGCACCCAAAUGACCAGUACAAGGCACACUUCUGGCCUCGGGACCUCCAAGCCUUCUCAGCCCAGCCUCUGCUUGCCUCCCCCACCCACUAUGCGGGAGAUGCUGAAUGGCUCAGUGACACAGAGACGUCUUCCCCCUGGGACGAUGACAGCGGCCGCCUCGUUAGCUGGACUGGCUCUCAAAAGACGCUUCGUGGCCCCCACCUGCACCUGGCUGGCAGCAGUAGAUAUAGCCCCCAUCCUCACCCCAGGGAUGAGCUCUAGCCUCAGGCCCAUAGGGUCCAAGUGGGAACACCAACGAGCAACAAGAACAGAGAGGGCGAUGGACCGGAGCGGCAGAACCAGCAGAAGCCUGGCUGUUAUCUUGGGCUCAGCCCUUCGUCCACCCUCUGGACCCUUCCCAGGUUGGGAGAGCCACUCAACGACAGAGUCCAUUCCCCGAAUGUCACAAAGUGAAAAGACAAGACUCUUGAUUCUGCAUGCAGAUUUAGAGCCCGGUGGGCUCAGGAACAAGGGAGGCCUCAGCCUUCAGGUUUCCAGCUGGCCAGACCUCAGAAUCCUGCCCUCUCUGAGGACUCAACUGCUGGGGCUACCUUGCCUCCAUCUACCUCCACCUCAGCCCCCUCCCUGGCUUCACAUCUGGGGCUCACUAGCACCCUCUUCCCCGGCUAGCAGGAAGGUGAGAGGCACACCUGGUGCUCUGCACACAGUAGGCCUUCAAUAAAAGUCCUCUGCAUUAGCAUUUCAUACUUCA